CCACCAUUGUCCACGAACGCCCACAGCGGACACAUUGAACUUUCCUCAACAAGCUACAACCGGUGUUCAAGUCCGAACCGUUCAGUUGGGCACAUGCAGCUCUCCAUUUACGGCGACAGGUGUCCGCAAGUUGUCAGGUCGUGCAUUCAAUAUAUUGCAAGACUUGGGUCUUGUUGCGAACCAAUCUCAUUCUUCAAAUACCAGUAACUGCUACGUUCGCAAAGAUACCCACAACGUUUCGCAUAGAUGUCCGGAUUUUCUGUCAUAUUUUGCAGAUUUUUCUGGGAGCGGGAAUUCUGUCCCGUUGGUUUGUGAUGCGGUCGCAAUGUUAUGACGACUUGUUCAUUGAAAUCACUGUCAGUCAUUAACUUACGCGCAUGGCACUGCCUCCUUUAGCCUGCAUAAAAGCAUGGCCGCAUAGUGGUUACUGGAGCAAGUUUCAUUCCCUCCUUCAGCAAAAAUGCAGCUCUCCUUCUCAACUGUAUUAGCUUCCCUUGCUGCUGUCAUUGCUGUAGCCACUCCAGCAGCUGCUCAGCAGUGUUCCCAGGCUACACGCUUUGGUGUUGUCAACGUCAGUCCCACCACGCUCUCCCCCGGUGACACCUUUACUGUGACAGCAAAUUUCACCUGCGCUGCUCAACUUGGCGUGCACCCCCAGUACACUGAUUAUUACAUCGAAGUCCCUGUGAAUAACAACGGCCACGAGCCCCCAAUCCUGCUUGCUCGUCGCACCCUCAAUGCGAGCUCGCCAACUCCUCUGUUGGACCAGUUCACAAUGCAGCUCCCUUAUGCAUACUACUUCAAUGCCUCUUAUGUAGUGAUUCUGGAUGUUACUUAUCCGGUGACUGGGACCGACGGUUCUUCGUACUCUGUUGUCGGAGGUAUUGAGAGUCCCAUCACGAUCCUCUAAAUGACGAGAGAGUGGUGCAAAUUAGAGCUGUUGAAUACCGAACGUCUUUGGCACGCAUGCUUUACGGACCAAUAUUUUCACACAUUACUCGGGUGUCAAUAAUUACUGGCAAACUUCAUGUUAUAAGUACAGGAGCAAUGAUACAA